UCAUAAUUUGUGCUAAUGUUUAUAAGCCAAGCACCGUUUUCACUCCGAAAGUUUAAAACCCUUUCUUCACCUCAAAAAGCUCAAAUUUCUGCACAAACAAUUUACAGAACAAUGGCCUCCUCCGAAGCAAAGGAAAACGGCUCCACAAUGGCAUCAGAAAUCGACGAGAAUUCUCAGUCCGAUUCCCAACCUCGGCUUGUAUCGGACGCCACCGAGAAGGCCGAUGAAGAGCAGGCUGCUGAUUUUAGUGCAGCUGAGGCGGGGGCGGAGGAUGUUGAUGAGGCUCAAGCCCAGGAGAAUGACAAUAGUAAUAAUAAUGUGAAUAAAUGGCCGGGCUGGCCGGGGGACUGUGUUUAUCGGCUGGUGGUGCCGGUGCUAAAAGUCGGGAGUAUAAUUGGGCGAAAAGGGGAGCUUAUUAAAAGAAUGUGUGAGGAGACGCGAGCUAGAAUUCGUGUGCUGGAAGGUCCAACAUCCUCCCCUGACCGUGUUGUUCUAGUGUCUGGUAAAGAAGAGCCAGAUGUUCCGAUGUCUCCUGCAAUGGAUGCUGUAAUAAGGAUAUUUAAACGCGUCAGUGGACUACCUGAAGCUGAAACUGAUGCUAACGCGUUUGGAGCUGCUGGAGUUGCAUUUUGUUCUAUUCGACUACUGGUGGCAUCGACACAAGCCAUCAACUUAAUAGGAAAACAAGGGUCUUUGAUAAAGUCGAUUCAGGAGAGCAGUGGUGCAACAGUUCGUGUUCUUUCAACUGACGAAGUGCCUGCCUAUGUAAGCUCAGAGGAGCGGAUUGUGGAAUUGCAAGGGGAAGCCCUUAAGGUUCUCAAAGCUCUGGAAGCUGUGGUGAAGCACCUUAGAAAGUUCCUGGUGGAUCACAGUGUCCUUCCUUUGUUUGAAAAGAAGUACACUAUGCCACCUACCCAAGAACGUCCAGCGGAACCUUGGUCUGAAAAGCCAUAUCUGCGCAAUACUUCUCAGAUAGGAGGAAUUACUGAUUAUUCACCACUUUCAGUGAAGAGGGACAGUUCUUAUUUUGAGCGCGAGAGCCAUCUUGAAUCCCAAAAUCCUACUUCACUUUCAUUUUAUGGACAAGAUCCCUCAGUUUCAGGACUUCGUUAUCCACGUCCUGGACCAAUUGUGACCCAGGUAGCGCAAACUAUUCAAAUACCGAUAACUUAUGCUGAGGAUAUCAUUGGAGUUGGAGGAGCAAAUAUUGCUUAUAUUAGACGUACAAGUGGUGCCAUCCUCACUGUUCAAGAAUGUGGAAGCGUAAGCAAUGAAAUAACCGUCGAAAUUAAAGGUACCUCUGCCCAGGUGCAGACUGCUCAGCAGUUGAUUCAGGUAAUUCAUUUUUUUCUUAUUUUCUUGAAGCGUUAUUUAAUGUUUUGACUUCCUUUAUGAUUCAGCUGAAAAUUAUUAUUUGGAUUCAUGAUUGAAGUUGAGAACUUUUCAUCGAUGGAUAUAAAUUACAGUAUGUAAUUUUUCACUCUCAGGGGCCAUGCAUUGAUAUGAGAUAACUAGAAGACUAUAUUUGUAUUACAAAUGAAAAUAAUGUUUUUUUGUUAGUGCUUGACAACCGAACCUAUAGACACCCCUCUAAAAAAAUCUAUAGUCUUGUGGUUGGGGAAUCUGGUUCAGUAUUGGUGGCCACUGUUUCUUAGGGAUUGUUCUCUUGAGAUGAUUAAUAGCUUUUGAGGUCACUGUCUCAUCUCCUAAAGAUGAAAAGUAGAUUGCCGGUGCUGGUUUAUUUACAAAAUGGAUUACCAGAGAAGUCCUACACCAUUCAGUGUCAUCAUUAAGCGUAUAUACCUGAACAGCGCCAUAAAUAAUCAGAAAUUUAGCUUGACAUCUCAUGUUCAUAAUUAUGUAAAAUGUGUGUUAACUGCAGGAAUUCAUAAGCGACCAUAAAGAUCCAUCAAUUGCAAAUGAUUACGGAAAGUUAGACACAGGCUUGAGGUCAUCAUAUUCGCAACUAGGGAACAGUUCUUAUCAGCCAUCGUCAUACUUGGGACAACCAUAUGGUGGGAGCUAUGGAUCAUCUGGUUUGGGAGGAGGAUACGGUAGCUAUAGGUUGUGAAUUGAUGCUAUACAUUAACAUGUUAAGAUUUUCAACCCCAAGAAUUAACUAAUUGAUGCUGCUGAGAGCAUUAGUGGAGAGAGGAGAAUGGGCCCAAAUAUGUUGUCUGGGCUGCCACACGGUUCUUUGUAUAAAGAUUCAUAUUAGGAUCCUUUUAUUUGCAGUAUUUUAAGAAGUUUAGGUGUAAAAUGAUUUGUCUGUCUUUCAUUUGUAGUCGAGAGGUAGCACGAAUUUGCAGUUUCUCUUUUUUAUUCCCCCCCUCUGAGAUUAAUUAGUUCUUACAAGCUUAGCAAAAUGUUUGCACGCUUAUUUCGGAAUGUUUGAUAAACAUUUCAAUUCAUCUUUCUUUUUUGGGAACAGCUAAGCUUUAGAGUGACCUAAACUUCUUGGGAUAUCGUGAUUUCCAAAAUCGUACUCCCUUUGUCCUGAUUGUGCAGCUUGGCU